UAUUCAGCUUCGCUGUACAUAAGUACCUGUUUAAAAUCUUGGACCUACGCGUUAGCGAAUUUAUAUUUUUUCAAAUAACAGGUUUAGGAAAUACUUAACGACAACGAAGUAGCUGUGGGUAUUAUGGAUGUUACAUACGGCGUCAUUCUAUUUCUGCUAAGCUGUUUGGCUCUUCUGGACGGAAGCCAGGCUACUUGUACUUCAUAUAAUUGUGAUGGAUACUGUUGCGGAUACAACACCUGCUGUUAUGUUUACCUGACUUGGUGGUUUUGGUUGAUCAUCCUCGGACUUUUCCUUCUUAAAGUUUGUUGCAUCACGUGUUACGUUCGCCGGAGACGUCAAAGAGCGAACAUGUAUUAUGUGCCUACUGUGGCACAACCAUCCACAACUGUACACGUGAAUGCCAGGGUUUCCAUGCCACCGCGAACUGCUCCUCAUGCACCAGGAACAUGUCCGCCACACUAUACUGGCCAACAACAGCAGAUGCCUCCGCCCUAUCCCGGACCCCAAGCUUCCGCUCCUCCGGCUACAGGACCUGGCUAUGCAGGACCUAUGUACAAUGGGAGUCAAGACAGCCAGGUCAACAAAGAUACUCAAAUGUUGAUUGGAUAAAUUACGAUUUUAAGGGUAAUGGUAUGCAAGACAUUAGUCAUGUCUCUCCAGCAUUUUUGGACGUGAACUGUUCUUUUUUACAAAUUUUUGUUUAGCAAAAACCUUGUUUCGUUUUGUAAUUACUAAUUCUAUGUAGUAAUUGUAAAUAUUUUUGCCUAACCCUCAAACGACCUGGUAGUAUGUUACUUAAGUUCAGCUUUAUGUUCAGUUUUAUCUUAUCUAGCUCAUACAUUUGAGAAAGUAGGUUAUUUUUACGUAAGAUUAAGAGUAUUCAUACGAGCAGUAGAGCAUUUUGUAUAUCUACACUGUAUAUAGCAUGGAUGGCGAACCACUGACUUUUGUGACCCACCGCGUUUUUUUGGUGACCUGCCAAGGCAAGAAUUAAAUGAAAAUUGACAAAACCGGCUCUAAUUGAAGUCAAAAAAUAAGUAAACUAUGAUAAUGUACUAUCAGCCAGGGCAGCGAUCGUUCAUAUUCAAAUUUUACUUUUCGGGUCGCUAUACGAGAACUAUAGAUGCUAAUUUGCAUUUAUUAGUUUCUCGUCUACAAUUCCGUUAGACUUAAAAUGAAGACCUAAAAAUCUGAAAUAAAAAUGGGGCGGUGAAAAGGGCCCUAAUGUGGAUGAAAGCUGAAAAAUCGAAAAAUUUAACUCAGACAGAGUGGAAUUCCCUCUAAACUCUUCGAAACCGUAAAAUAAUUUGCUAUAUCAUCUUAAACGUUUUUCGGUAAUCCGUAUGCGUGUUUUCUUGCACGAAUUUUAUAAAAAUAGAGUGCCAUAAGGAGUCUGGUAGUCUCUGGUAUAAUUGCUGCAUAAAUAAAGCCCGUUCGCCAUCCCUGAUAUAUUGAAUGGUCAUUAUGCUAGGUCUUCUUCAACACGUUCUGAAAGUUUCAAUGCUUGUGUCGGUUUUUGUUUGCAUUCUCUGUAUAAUUAUGUAAUAUGCAAUAAAAAUGCUUUUUGUGCGUAAA